CUCUAAUCAACGAUCACUGAUUGAGGAAAAAAGGGCGUGUUGUGUUUGUGAAAGCUCUGUGCACGAUCAUGGCUUUUCUUGAAACUGAUACCCUUGGUCAAGAAAGAUUUUCACUUUUGCUUUUGGAGCCUGGAGAAAUCUACUUUGAAGAUUUCAGUGUUUUUUACUAUCCAUGUGGACUGUCAGAGGAUGACGCCAUUAGAAAAAAACAAAGGGGACAUCUCAAGAUGUGCUCAAAGUCCAUUGUGUUCGUACCGAAGGAAGUUCAGUUUCCAAUACUGAAGUUUCCAAUGAAAUGUGUCGAAACUAUUGAUGAGUGGUCAGGAGGACUUUUUUCAAAACUUGGCGUCAAAGGCAAGGUUAUGAAAGUGGUGUCUGAACAAGCUGUUGAGAUGAAAGAAAAGAAUAUCAUUGCUCCAUUUGUCUUCAAAAGGGAAACUGCUGAGUACAAGUUCUCAUUGAAUUAUGCUGCUCUCGAUGAUUGUCUCCCCUUGUUCUGUCAGCUGCAGCGAGCUUCUACUCUUCCUCCAGCUGACCAAUUACACAUGAUAAAUGCUAUAGUGCUGUCACGUCAGUCUAGAGUGAAAUUUAAUACAAGCUGGCUAGAGGAUCUAUAUGAAGAAAUAGUUCUUGAAAGUUCUGGCGAUCGUAUCACUCCACUGUUGACAAAUCCAGGCAGAAUCAUGUUGACAUCAUCAAGGUUAUACUUCCAGCCAUUUAACAAUAUCGACAGGUGGCCGGUUUUGAAGAUUCGCUUGAAAGAUAUCAGAAGAAUGAUUCGGAGAAGGUUUCUCCUUCGAGAACAGGGUUUAGAAAUCUACUGCAAGCCCAAUGCACCUGUCACUCAUCUGUAUCUUUCUCUCAAGACGGUGGAUGCCAGGAACGAACUUUAUGAUUUAAUACUCAAACAGUCAGAAAUUGAUCUGGAUGAUAGUGGUCAAGAAGAUAUGACCUUGCAAUGGCUGAGUGGUCACAUAUCAAAUUUUGAAUAUCUCAUGUAUCUUAACAGUCUUGCUGAUCGUAGUUUCAAUGACCUCACUCAGUAUCCCGUGCUGCCGUGGAUUAUCUCUGACUACACGUCAUCAGAGUUAGAUCUUGAAGAUGAGUCUGUAUAUCGAGACCUCAGCAAACCCAUUGGAGCAUUAAAUCCAGAGAGACUGGACCGGAUUAAGGAGCGGUUUGAAGACAUGCCAGAGCCGCGGUUUUUAUACGGAUCUCAUUACUCUACACCAGGACACAUCCUUUUCUACCUGGCGAGAAUCUGUCCUGAGUAUGUCCUUUGUCUGCAGAAUGGAAAGUUUGAUCAUCCUGACCGAAUGUUUAACAAUCUUCAGGACACGUGGCAAAACUGCUUGAAGGGGGCAGCUGAUUUCAAGGAGCUGAUUCCAGAAUUCUUCCAGGGAAAUGGGGACUUUCUUGUACAUAAAGGAGUAAUUAAUUUUGGUGCUAAAAACGAUGGUAAACCCGUUGGAUCAGUUGAAUUGCCACCUUGGGCAUCAUCUCCAGCUGAUUUUGUUGGCAAGUUGCAGCAAGCUCUCGAGUCCGAUCACUGUUCUAAACACAUACACGGGUGGAUCGACCUCAUCUUCGGCUUUAAACAGCGCGGACCUGCAGCGGAGGAAGCCAACAAUUUAUUUUAUUACCUGACCUAUGAAGGUGCAAUAGAUCUGGACAAGAUCAGCGACCCCAAUGAGCGUGCCAGCCUGGAGACUCAAAUCAUGGAGUUUGGUCAGAUUCCCAAACAGCUCUUCACAAUACCCCACCCACAGAGGUUCUCCAGCCUGCCCAUUCCCAGGAGUCCUGUUACCGUGGAGACUCCAGCUCCAACUGAAGGCUCUACUGAUGCCUCCACUGAGGAGAAACUGAAAGACACUCAUAAGACUGAGUCUCCAGAUGUGAUGGCCGUCAGCCACUAUGUGAAAGAAGCUGAUCUCAGCCAGCUAUCUGUGUAUCUCCAACACACACUACACAAGGAUGCCGUGACAGAUGUGAAAAUAUCACCUGAUGGAAAAAACAUAUUCUCCGUGUCACAAGACAGUUUGUUGAAGAUGUAUUCAUUAGAGGAACAGAGACAGUUAAGAAGUGUUAACAUGUCUAGUAUGGUAUUGUCAUCAUGUUUUGUGAUGCCGGAUAACACGACUAUCAUUGUUGGGUCAUGGGACAACAGCAUAUAUUUUUACAGUAUUGAGUAUGGCCGAGUCCUUCACACACUGGUGGGACACGACGAUGCAGUAUCAGACAUCACUUGGUGUAACAACAUGCUGUAUACUGCGUCCUGGGAUUCCACUGUCAAGAUAUGGCAUCUUCCACAGUGCAAAUCAGGGGAAUCCUUUGUUCCUGCUGAAUACUUUACCCAGCUGGAUCAUGAUGCAGGCGUCACUUGUCUCUAUCUCGACAGCGAGAGUCGCAUGCUACUCACCGGCACUAGGGAAGGACAACUCUGUAUUUGGGACCUAACUACCUUCUACAUGACCUCUCAACACCCUGUGCACCAUGGAAGAAUAAAUGCUGUGCUAAUAAGUCCAAAUUUGCGGCGGAUAUUGUCAUCAGGGGCAGAUAAUUAUAUCAAAGUUCUGGACACUGUGACAGGAACUGAAAUAUUCACAAAGGAUGUCCCAGCUGAAAUCUUGUGUUUGAACUGGGCUGGGCAUCUAGUGGUGUCUGGCAAUAGCUCUGGUCACAUACAAAUAUGGGACAUGGAUAGAGGUGUUAGUCUCCAUCAGAUAACAGCUCACAAAGAUGCAGUCACUAGUGUGCAUGUUGGUCACAAUGGAACUCUUCUGCAGGUAGAGAUAAAUGGUGAACUGUUCUUUGUAGUCCGUCCCAUCAUUCUAUAA